UUACACUAGUCGAUGACCACUCGCGCCGUAGCAGCAGCAGCAGAGCAGCAGCAGCAGAAGCAGCAGCAGCACCAGAAGGAGCAGCAGACUCAGCAGCAGCAGCAGCACCAGAAGGAGCAGCAGACUCAGCAGCAGCAGCAGCAGCAGCAGUAUCAGCAGCUGAAGGAGCAGCAGCAGCAGCAGCAGCAACAGCGGCAGCAGCAGCAGUGGCAGCAGCAGCGGCGGCAGCAGCAGCAACAGCAACAGCAGCAGCAGCAGAAGGAGCAGCAGCAGCAACAGCAGCAGCAGCAGCAGCAGCAGCAGCAGCACCGCGUCGUGGCGGGCGCCCACGUGGCGGCCGCACCAACCCUCAGGGAGGGGGUGGAGGUGGCGGUUGUGGGGGCAGCGGAGCCGGCGGCGGUGGUGGCGGGGUCGAGGGUGGCAGCAGUGGUGGUGGUGGAGGCAGUGGUGGCUCAUCUGGUAGCCGUGGGCACCGGUGACAUUUACGACCCAGCUGUCCCUGACUCCCCUGCUCACUCUGCCUCAUCGCAGCAGCAGCAGCAGCAGCAGCAGCAGCAGCAGCAGCAGCAGCAGCAGCAGCAGCAGAAGGAGCAGCAGCAGCAGCAGCAACAGCAGCAGCAGCAGGUGCAGCAGCAGCAGCAGGUGCAGCAGCAGCAGCGGAUGGAGCAGCAGCAGCAGCAGCAGCAGGAGGUGCAGCAGCGGAUGGAGCAGCAGCAGCAGCAGCAGCAGCAACCGCAGGCACUGCAGCAACAGCAGCUGCAGCAGGAGGCAUGAGGAGCUGUUUAACCUUCACGCGGUCUGCCAAUUUCUCUCUCACAUCUUCCCGGACAUUACUGACUGCC